AUAGUCAAUACAUUAUCGGAGAUCAAUGAAGGUGAAGUAACAGAUUUUGCACGAAAGGCAUAUUAUUUACGGCGACACCUUAAGAUGUUCCAAGAUUCAUUCACUGCAAUUGAAUCGUGCAAUAAGCCUGUCAUAGCCGUAGUUCAUAAUGCCUGCAUUGGGGCCGGUGUUGAGUUGAUUGCUGCUUGUGACAUUCGUUACUGUUCACAGGAUGCAUAUUUUUGCAUUAAGGAAAUUGAUUUGGGUUUAGCAGCUGAUAUCGGUACAUUGCAACGUCUACCUAAAAUUGUGGGAAAUAAUAGCCUUGUGAGGGAACUUUGUUUCACUGGACGCAAGUUUUCAUCAACUGAAGCACUUAAUUUUGGUUUUGUGAAUAAAAUUUUACAGACGAAAGAAAUAGCAUUGUCAGAAGCGUUCAAGACAGCAAGUAUUAUUGCUUCUAAGUCGCCAGUAGCAAUUGUAGGAACAAAACACCUUUUAAACUAUUCACGCGAUCAUUCGGUCAAUGAAGGUCUUGAAUAUACUGCAUUAUGGAAUUCAGCGAUGCUUAAUAGCAAGGAUUUAAUCGAAGCAUUUAAAUCUUCAAUGGAAAAAGUAAAACCAACAUUUGCAAAACUUUAA